AUGAGUUGGAACAAAAUGGCGGACACUCACGAAGAAAUAGUCCCUAGAGAACCAACCUCAGCUGUGUUUUCCAGGGCAGAUUUCAUGAAAGAGUCUUUUAGCGUUGACAGCUUCGUUGGAAACUGCAAAGGGAGUGUACCUUUGGAAGUGCUAAAAUCAAAUUUAGACGAGUAUUUGAAGGCCUUGAAACAUGCAUUGAUUGAGUUGAUCAACGAAGAUUACGCCGACUUUGUGAACUUGUCUACAAACUUGGUGAGUGUUUCUCUCGUUUUAGUGAAGAAAUAGAAACUUUUCUGCAAGGAAAUUAUUUGUUAAGGUACGAGAUGUCAUAGUUUACAGGCUAAUCUGUAUAAACAGGGGAUGAACGGUGAAAUAUGUACUGAAGCUUUUGAUGAUUUAGGGGUCGUUUUCGGGAAAUUUCUGACGAGGCUAGAGGCCAGAGGUCAGAUGGUUCCCAAGGGAAAUUUUGAUGACCUGAGUUACUUUUUAUUCAGACGAGUAGAGUAGUCUUUUGUUAUAUGAUCUCUGUUAUUUUGCUACUAGUCACACUCCUUAACAGAAAAGCAUGAUAUACACAGUGAUGCCAACCUCUGGACAUCUCAAAUCUGGAGAUCUUUUUUUCAGACCAGCACCCCCCCCCCUCCUGAGCAAUGUUGCGAGAAAAACAUGGAUCUAUCUGUCAGGGACUUAAAUAGGUUGAAUACUCAUCCAAUCAGACUCUCACUUAUAUUGGAUUGACAAAGAAAAGACUCUCUUCUUUGUGUUUGCAAUGAACAACAUGUAUCAUGCAAGAAAAUGAAGCCAGAAACUGUAAUACAAGCAUAAGAAGCCAGAUGAUUUUGGAAUUUGGGAACAUAUGGAGCUUAAAUCUUAGUUUUUUGUGAGCAACUGAUCCAAACUUCCUUUUAUCUGGGAGUUUUGGUCACCUGUAUGCAAGAGCGGGAGAUUGGCUCUGUAACUGCGAGACUCCCUGAUAAUCCAGGAGAGUUGGAAUAUAUGUAUACAUUUAAAAAAAGUGCUAAACUUUGAGGAAAACUAACUAAAAGAAAUACUAGAGGUUUACCUGUGAUGGAAUUGCAUCCAUGUAAACUUCUAGUUACCAGAUCUUCCCAACUACAGACUAGGGAUAUGCUCUGAUAGCCUAGUUUCUGAUCCAGGACUUCCCAAAAUUUUAACUUCUUGGAUAACACUUUACACAUUUUUAUAAUCAUUGAAUACAUUUUAAUUCUAAUUGUGGUACUUUUUAGGAUCAAGGGCCACAAGUUCUUCAGUUGAAUUACUGUUGUGUGCUACCCACCUUAAAUAAAGUUGUUUGUUUGUUUGUUUGUUUAUUAGGUUGGAAUGGAUAAGAGUAUUGCCAACUUGUCAGUUCCUCUUGGUCAACUGAAGGAGGAAGUUUUGGUGAGUAUAUUUGCAGAGAGUAAACUGUAAUCUUUGUUUAGAAUUGAAUUAAUGAAAGAAAGUUAAUGGGAAUCCAAGAUGUUUGAAGGUAUCACUCUUCAAGUAGAUUGAUUAAGUAAUUUGACUGAGUGAAUUUUGUUUCCGUAAACAUUGCAAUUGUCUAUCCCUCAGCUCAUAAAGUCUGACCUUGAUGGAACAAUUGGUGCAAUAGAAGACAAAUUGGAUGAAAGAGCACUGCUAAGACAGACAAAGGUAUCAUAAAAGGACAACCAGUCAUAUAGCUUGUUUAACAAACUGUAGAUAUCAAUUUUUAUGAAAGAGUAAUCAUGGUAGUUUUUUGGUCAAUAGAUUUUUCUUCUUUAGGGAUUUUCAAGUCACUGAAAACAGAGGAGCCUUGAAACUCAUAUUUAAAAGAUAAUUCUUUUGGUAAAUUUUUUCUCCUUAGAAAAAGAGUGUUUGGGUUUAGAUAUUUUCAUGUACACAUUUUGGGCAUAGUCAGUAAUAAAUGAGGAUUCUAUGCAUUAGCAGAACUUUAAAAAGAACUUUGCUAUUGGAGUCUUGGUUUAUUUUCAUUGCAAACUUCUUAUUUCAAAUGUUUACUUUUCAUCCAAGACGUGCAUGCAACAUUUAUUGAACAUCACAAAGUCACUGGAAAAGAUUGAGAGACUCUUACAAGGAUCCCGCCUCUCUCAGGAAGUGACAGCUAAAGAACCUGAAGGGUGCGUAAAAAAUAACCUUUACAAGUAUUUUGGAGAAUUUUUCACUUCAUCGAUGCUAAAUAAAUGACCUUUGUAUUUGUUUUAGGGAUGAUGAUUCUCAUUUGAUUGAGAGAGUUGCCAGUGAAUUUAAUCAGCUGCAGUUUUAUGUUACUCAGAGUCAGGGGCAUCCAUUGGUGGAAAGCAUCAGAGGGGUGAGUUGUUUGAUUGGUUGAUUCCUGAAUUAAUAAGAAAAUGUUGCAUUAUGUGCAGGAACUAUGCAGAUAGGAUAUUGUAUUGCAAAAAUAUCAAACUGGCACUGGUUAAGUUUGGAUGUUAUUUCAUUACCUUAUUCUGCCAGAAUGCUAGUGUGACAUGGUAGGAAUUGAAUGUUUUCAUUAGGUAGGAGUUUAGCCUUAAUGCAUUAAGUAACUUCUCCUAACAUUUCAAUACUUAAAUCAAAAGCAAGGUAAUGAAAAUAUUUAAACCAGUCAGCGAGUGGUUGCCAAAUUCUUCCAUCAACUGAAUUUAUGUUUACUACCUCAGAAGCAGCAGAAAGAUUUUAACACAGAUACUUAUUUUAACUGUUUCUUUUAUAUUUCCUUGAAAAGCGCAUUGCUGCCAUCACAAGUACCCUUCAAAAAAAAUUGGAAGCAGCAUUUCAAGAAGGGCUCCAAACAGGAGAAUUGAAUCUGUUGUCCAGAGUGCUAAGAACUUAUGCUAUCAUUGACAAGACAAGAGAUGCUGAAUUGUUGUUCAGAGAAGUUACUGUUAAGCCAUAUAUGAGCGAGGUAAGAGAUCUGAACAAGGCAAAACCUCAUUUAGCAACAAGGGGUACUGCUAUUUUAUCUAGAUUUGGUGUUAGUCUGGUUUAUGUUGUUGGUCAGAUUUCUGCAGUUGUUCACCUUUUUAUAUCAGGAAGUAACAAGGGUUACUGUUCUGCCAACUGCAAAUUCAGACACUUCAGUACAGUUUACCAACCAGCAUUUGUCAGCUUUACCAUAGUUUCCUGGCAUUCAUUACUCUUUUGUGGAAAGCAGCACUGGUAGACUUAAUAUGUGUCUUGCCCAAGAACACAGCUCAAUUACUUCACCAAAGUUGAGACCAAUGCUUUUAGCUCACAAACUCUCAAAUUGCUACAUCUCCUACGGCGGUAUAAAUUGGAUAAGUUUACUAACUUUGUACAAUUUCUCUUAAGGUUAUUGAUGAGAAGAUGUUGACUGCAGAUCCCUCUCAAGGCCUGUUCAAUGUGUACAACAAAGUUCUUGAAUUUGUCCCCAAACACUGUGCACAGAUGAUGAACAUAACAUCAGGUAGAUUUGUUGCCAGUGAUGUGGAGAUGUUCGGUGAACAGAGAGCAGGAAUAAGAGGCUUUGAUUUCUUAGUGAAUGCUGUGUGGCCUGAAGUAGUGGGUCUCAUUGAUGCACGGUUUGGAUCAAUCUUUGCCCCUGGUAAUCCAGAUGCAUUCCAUCAGGUAUUUGAUGAUAACAAUAAUAAGAUAAUAAAAACAAUAACAACAUCAAUUGACCACUCCCCCAGUGGGGCUUUUCAAAGCCACCACAAUCCAAUCUCAUCAUAAAUGAACUUUGAACUUUGAAUUAGACUUAGAGUUAAACAAUCCUGACUGGCCUGAGGCAGAUCAGUUGGCCAUAUGCACAGCCAAGGAGUUGAAAUCUGGGCAACUGAAAACAAAUCAAUUGAGGAGCUUGGUGGAGGUCUUGAACAGGAGACUUCUAGAUUACAAGUCCAGCUCCUUACCCAUUGGCUACGCUGCCUCCUUUAUAGUAUCAUUAGUGAUUUGUUAGUCUGCAUAGCAGGCUUGUUUUUACUUUGUAGUGUGUCUGGCAUUCUGUCAUCUUAACAAAACUACUUUAAUUAAAGUGAUCUCAAAUUUACGCUGCAGAAAUACAUGACCACAAUAUGGUUUAUCAAUAAGUUUGAGGGUUUGUGUGGUUCUAAAGCAAGUGUACAAAGACUGCGGUCACAUCCCAGCUUUACAGCUUUCAUGGCAAGGUGGAGUUUGCCAGUCUAUUUUCAAAUCAGGUGAGUGUAAGAUCAUAAAAUUGUAUCUUGUUUUUCUUUCAGUUUUCCAUUAGGCUUUGCAGAGUAUCAUAUUUUUGGUCCACAAUUUUCUGACUGAAAGUAAGUGUGUUUUGCUCCUUUCUUUUAUUCAUUUUUAGUGUCUUGUGUCAUUUUAGGUUCCAAGAAAUGGUAACUAAGUUUGAGAAUUCACUCCAGUUGACUCAAGACAAGACAAAAGGUACAGUUUAGUUCAUUUGGUUGAAAAACUGUAAGUACUCUACAUUACUUGGACGGGAAAGUCUCAAACAAAGGAAAUAAUUAUAGGUAGCUUUAGGUAAUAAAUUUUUUUAAUCUGGCUGACAUGUUUUAAUUUCAUCUGGUACAAACAGUACUUGAAGUCUCAAGGAAUCAGAAUGGAAAAGGGAAUUGUUCUCUGUUUUGUUUUGUGGGUUUUUCUCAGGACAUAUUGUGAAUUUGUUUACAAGUUAUUAGAACCAUGAAAUGGAUUUUUUGUGAUACAAAGUGAAUAAAAGUCUGUUUUAAAGAAUGGUACAUCACUUUGCCUCAGUUACUACAGCUAUGGCAGUCAACAUGUUGUCACACAUUAUUAAUUUCUGCUCAUCACAGAUGUUCUCUUGGACUCUGACCUAUUCUUGACAUCAGCUGUGAGUGUCUUGUGGUGGUGCAUCGAGAGAUGUUGGCAAGACUCAGUUUACAUUCAGGCCCUCUGUCACAGAUUUUGGAAGAUGACCCUACAGGUAAGUAUUUGAAAGGUAAAGCACAGUCUGUCCUUUAUGUUCUUCACUUCUCUUUCACUUCUCUUUCACUUCUCUUUCACUUCUCUUUCACUUCUCUUUCACUUCUCUUUCACUUCUCUUUCACUUCUCUUUCACUUCUCUUUCACUUCUCUUUCACUUCUCUUUCACUUCUCAUACAUCCUGGUUUGUAAUGUUUUCUGUGGAUUUUUGUCUGAGCUUAACAUUCCUUCCAGAAAAUGGGCAAGAUACUGUUUCCUGUUUUUUUUUCCUGUAGCUUCUGUCACGUUUAUCUGUGUGGAUCAAAGAAGAUGUUUCAUCUCAAAAGGUAGUCAUUGUAAUUGGAGAGUAAGUUGAUAGUUUUGUUUUUGGUCACUCACAGGAGUGACCUGAAAUCAAUUUCUCCCUAAAGUAUCAGUUUAUUUUGAAGUAGAAAGGUAAUGAGAAGAUAGAGAAACAUCAACAAAGGGAGAUUAUUUAACACAAAAUUCUCAGAUCUGACAUUGUUAGAAAUGUAUGGCAAACAGAGUGAAGGAUUGAUACUGAGGUUUUCUUAGAAAAUUUUUCUAAUUUAUUUGAUGAAAAAUUAAAUAACACUGCAAUGGAAAUAAGAGAAAAUAACUCAUAAUUGCAUUAGCUUGUUCAAAGCUCCCAAUUGAAAAAAGACACGUGAAAAAGGAAGUACACAAAAAUGGCAGGGGUCAUCGCUUCCCUUAUCAUUACAUCUGUUACUUGUCCAUUCUCUUGCUCAUCUCCUCUGUCUAAGAGCUUGGAGCAGGCUGUAAUUGAAGAAGCAGUGAGAGUUAGAGAUGUCUAUGUGUGCUCUCUCUUUUGUUGUUUGUGUGGCAUUAUCAGACUGGCUCUAAACAGACAAAGUGCAGGGAGGCUUAGGUGAAUCAAUGAAUUUUAUUAGAUCAGUGAUGGUGACACAAAGCAAGGACCUGGAGAGGAGUCUACAUUAUACUUAGUUCAUUUGCUCAGUGACUUAAACACUCUUCUGACAAAGGUGGGUUUGGAAUUUGGAACAGAACUUGAGGAACAUAAUUUGAUUCUGAGUUGAUGAUGGUCACUCCAUCAUGUCUGUCAAUAUUCUUGGCAUGCUUCACUGUUUUCUUGCCAGACUUUAUUAGAGGUUGUCCCUCCUUCCCAUCACCAAUACAAUGUUGAAUUGUCUGGUUUGCUUUCAGUCGUAGUUCAGCAAAGUCAAAAGGGAAUUUGUGGGGUUAAGGGGUUACUAAAGACCUCAGAAAUUCAAGGAAUUUUUGAAGGAACGUUAUUUUCUGUGGUAUUUUAUCACUCAUUGUGGUCAAGAUUGUUUUCCUAUUGAGAUCAGUUUAUUGGAGCAAAAAAUCCAAAAUGUGUGUGAGAUAUGAAAAAAGUAUGAGUUAGUCUCAUUAUCUCAGGGAGCUUCUUUCCCGCUUCUUUAUUUUAGGUGCCAGAGUUCUUUAGACUGGAUAUAUUACCUAAACUACGACAAACAAAUAUUCAAGACACAGAGCUCUUGUCAGGUUGGUUUAUCCCUUGCUUGCUUUUUGCCAACAGUCAUUUCGCAGCCAUUGAGACGCGUUUAUCUUAACACUCAACUAUUCUGUUUUCAGAGGCCAUCCUGGAGUCUUGUGGGGCCAUUCAACAGAUGGUGCCGACACUGGAGGCUCAAAUUGUGAGCCAAGUGGUGAAUAGAGCCUCUCAGGGACUUGAAGCUGUUAAGAACAUCCCCAGGUUGUAUCGGAGAACCAAUAAAGAGGUAAGCCCUCUUCACUUCCUACGAUAUUGGAGUGAUAAGUGAUGACACUGUUAUUUGAAAAUAGAAGCAAAUUAAAGUAGUAUUCAGUCAUACAGCGUAUUUAACAUCAAAAUCGAAGUUCUCAAAGCCAAUCGGGAGAGAGCUGGUUAUCGCAAGCAGCCAGUCAGAUUUCAAGGUGAACUCUUGAAAACUGCUUGAAACGCGGGAAAAAGCGUGGCCAACCCUGAUUGGUCGAUAGAUUAGCGUGAGUUUUCUAGACCAAUCACAGAGAAGAAGAAAGCAAAAUUAAAGCAAACCCGGAUGUACUAGAAGCAAAACAUUUCAAAACAAACACUAACCCUAACCCUAAGCAAGAUUUGUUUCUGUUCUUGAGUGUUCUUCAAUUUGCUCCAGGUUCCUCCAAAUGCCAUAUAAAUAUUUGAAAUUCAAAGAAUUCUGUCUAUGUUGAUUCUCGGCAGGCUCCAAGCAAGUCGUCUCCAUUUGUGAGCAGUGUACUGAAGCCUGUGCGUGAAUUCUUGGAACAGACCCAGCCUCUAAUUAAACAACAACAGCGCCAAGCCUGGGCAGCGACAAUCUUACAGACUUUGCUCGUUAAGUCAGUGAUUUUUCGCUUUCGACCUCUACCUUUUUGUAUCCUUAGCAUCUGUUUGUGUUCCUUUUUCCGUUUUCAACCACUGUUUACAUCUUACUUAAUUGAGAUUCUGGACCCUAUAUUUUUACAGCGAGUUGACAUAUCUUUGCCUGAGGAUGCGCGCCGGUCUGAUGGUUAACGCGCUAGAAUUCUGAUUGGAAAGUCUGGGCUCGAGUUCCAACUGGCUAUGUUUUAUUUUCGGGCCAAACACUUUCCCCUCACAGUACCUCUCCCAAAUGGGAAAUAUGCACCAACAAGCAGGCAGGGCUGAAUAUGAUGGUAUGCGGGGGCAUAGAAAAAAACUCACCCUCGCUUUUCGCUUCAUUCUUCAGAAAACGGGAUAAGUAACAGUUCUAUCAGUGUGGCCGCGAGGCUCGUAUGACCCAAGCUAAUACUUUUACGGGUGUGGUCAUGUAUAUUAAAAACCGGGGUUCUUGGCACCCUCGGGCAUAUUUUCGACUCUCUUAGACGUAGCUACGCCCUUGAUUUCCUUGUUAGGAAACCGAUUAGUCCUGUAGUCUUGCUCUGUUUGUCUGAUAUAUCACUUGUUGAAAUAUCGAGCACAUUUGUCGUUAACCAACCACUGUGUUAUACAAUAACUGUUAAUUAAAUUUUCCCCAGGUAUCACGCCGUUACAGGCGAUGUGCUCACGUCCAUCAAACGCACUGAAGACAGCUUGAUGCGUCUGAAACGCUCCAGAAAACAAACGGGACCUGGAGCGAGUGGCCAAGCUGUCAGUCAAGACAGUCAAUCACCCAUGAGUGAUGACGACAAGAUUCGUCUCCAGUUCUCUCUCGACACGGAAGAGUUUGGACGAGCGGUAAGGAACAAAGAUUUACUUCAUAUGAUAUUGAAAAUGCUUACACUAAAAUUCCUUCACUAA